CGAGCCUGCCCCUGUUUACUUGCUUUGUCAGCGGUGUCCCCGCAGUGGAUCUUAUUUAGAUCACCUGCUGCCGACCAGAAACCUUGGACCUUCUCUUUAUCUCACUGACAUCAUAUCAUCAGCACUUUACUAUCAAGAAGCAUUUUUUUUCUUUUCCUCUUGCGGACCUUGCACGGAGGAGGCGUAGUGGACGGGGGCGGGGGUGGGUGGGUUGCGAAUCGGGUUCACAUGAUUUUGUAGGUUCACCGGAAAGAUGACGUUAAAAUCCAAUAAAAACGAACCGGCUCUCAUCCUGGAGCCUGUGAACUCUGCCCGGUCAGCCCUCUCCGAUCUCUACCUGGAGCAGCUCCUUCAAAACAAACCAAAGUCUGACAAGCAGGUAGUUAUGCAAAGCUUGGAGAGCAAAGGGGCGGAGGUUUACACCAACGGAAGCGCCAAAUACAUGAACGGCACCGAGCUGACCAAGAUGAAAGAAGUGGCGUUUGAAAAGAACCCCUCAGAGCCGAUGGGCGUCACUCUGAAAAUGAACGACAAACAACGGUGCACCGUGGCCAGAAUAUUGCACGGGGGCUUGAUACACAGACAAGGAUCCUUACAUGAAGGCGACGAGAUCGCAGAAAUCAAUGGGAAAAGUGUGACUAAUCAAACAGUAGAUCAGCUCCAAAAGAUCCUGAAAGAAACCAACGGAUUAGUCACAAUGAAGAUCAUUUCUAACCAGAGGAGUCGAUCCAAAGCCUGCGAGACAUACAUGAGGGCUCAGUUCAACUACGACCCCUCCACGGAUGAGCUCAUCCCGUGCAAAGAGGCGGGGCUGCGUUUUCAAACCGGCGACAUCAUCCAAAUCAUCAACAAGCAGGAUCCCAACUGGUGGCAGGGCACCGUGGAGAGCAGCGCCGCCAACUUUGCUGGACUCAUACCAUCGCCAGAGCUCCAAGAAUGGAGGGUGGCAAGUAAAAGCAACGGCAAGGAGGGCAGUCAGUCCUGGAGCCCAUUUGGAAAGAAAAAGAAGUGCAAAGACAAGUACCUGGCCAAGCACAGCUCAAUUUUUGACCAGCUGGAUGUGAUUUCCUACGAGGAAGUUGUCAAGCUCCCUGCUUUCGAACGAAAAACCUUGGUGCUCAUUGGUGCCCCCGGUGUUGGGAGGAGCCACAUCAAAAAUUCCCUGCUGACCAAAUACCCUGAGAAAUUUUCCUACCCUGUACCGCACACCACCAGAGCUCAGCGUAAGGAUGAGGAGAACGGGCAGGAGUAUUAUUUCAUCUCUAAUGAAGCCAUGACGAAGGGCAUCUCCAACAACGAGCUGCUGGAGUACGGCAGCUUUCAGGGAAAUAUGUUUGGUACCAAAAUGGAGACCAUUCGUAAGAUCCACGAGCAGGGGAAAAUUGCGCUGCUGGACGUAGAACCGCAGACAUUGAAGGUCUUGCGAACUGCUGAUUUUGCUCCUCUUGUGGUGUUCAUCGCGCCCACCAACACAGCUCCGCAGGUACGACAUCCGUACUCCGAUAAACUACACACGACUCCACGCGGCUCACGGUCUCGCGUGUUACGUCUCCCCCAGACGGAGAACCUGCGGAUGAUCCAGAAGGAGUCCGACGCCAUCCUGACGGCAUACAGACACGUCUUCGACGUGGUUAUGGUCAACAACGACGUGGACGAGAGCGUGAAAGGCGUGGAGGAGGCCCUGGAGCAGGCCACCUCCACACCGCAGUGGGUGCCGGUCUCGUGGGUGUACUGAUGGACGGCGGACACCAGCGUCAUAUCUCGUUAUCUUCUGAAAGCAGUGCAAUAUCACUCCUUACACAAAACCUCUGAGUUAGUGAUGUCCCAAAUGUGAAUGGGUUUAUUUUUGGGUACAUUUUCAGAGAUGUUUUGCAUGUGUGCAUUAUUAAAAAAAGAAAAAAAACAAGCAAUAUUUAGAAAGAUUUAUAUCAGAAAGCAGAGACCCUCAGCAGGGAUUUAUUAUAUGGUUGUUCACUUAUUUGUGCUGAAGGCUUUUGAGGGUGCCGUACAACUUUGUGAUGGUUGUAUUGUGAGUACAUGCAAAACAGGACCGCAACUGUGAAUGAAAUCCUCCCUUGUAAGUGAUUGGAUUUUAUUACUACAUCACCACGUCGUUAUCUCUUUGGUUCAUAGAUCAGGGCGAGGUUUUUGGUGGAACAGCACAUGUACCCGUCUUCUUCAGACCUGUCACAGCUCAAAUUGUAUACCUCGUUCAGUAGGCAGUUAAAAGGCACUUUUACAAAUAUAUUAAAUUUCCCAGCUCUGUUGCAA